CCUGUCAUUUCUCCUGCUAUCGACGCGGCUUCUUCACAUCAUUAUCGACGCCCUCUUCUUUCAUUCGAGUAGAAGUAAGGUUACUCUCUGCCCACAACAUGACUGCCAAUUGCACACCAGGCACCGUGAUCCUAUUCCGAGAGCAAUACCGCACCCCUCUAUGGCCUGCCGUAUACAUCACGGAUGCAGCGACACCAGCAUCAUUCCUGAAAACCCGGCCACACGGGUUCUGGAGUGUUGUGCUCAAACUAGCACCGAUCCUCAACACCAGUCAUCUCCGAUGGGCCCAAACGUCGCAAAUGAUCCCUUUCGACCCAUCGGCCGCAGAUGAUAGCACUAAGCGGUCGACGCCUGGUCUUGAAGAUGCCUACGACGUUGCCCGUGAAGCACAAGAGUCCGGAUUCGACUUGCAGUAUUGGAAGGUCAUUCUAGCCUCUAGUCAGGACCAGCAGAUAAUCACUAUUGAUAGUGACGAUGAAGACUGGAAUCACGACCCGCAAAUGCAGAUUGCUAUAAAAAUGGGUCUGAUUAAGGAUACUUCGCUGAAGGCCAAAGUAGCUGGGUCCGAGCACUUGAACGCCAGACCCGGACCCUCAAUCCCACGUGCCGAGAUCUUCGCUCCAUAUCCAUCUAGCAGCGAGCUACCACUGCCAUCACGCAGACCAGUCCUACAGGCUCCAACACCCACACCAUCUCCGACGAACAGAUCGAGUUUCCUCUACCACUAUCCACAACCAUUACAGCGAGCAAGUUCGCCGUUCAUCGACUCGGAUGCUGAAACACCAUCGCCUUUGCAAAAAAGGAAGCGCGGUGAUCAUCUCGAGGAUCUGUAUGACAAAUCGCCAUCCCAUCGCAGAAGAAAGACCAACAUCGCCGCGGGACCCAAGACACCAGAACUUAUAUCGCAGCCAGCUGUCGCAUCAAAAAACUCAGCCAGGUCAAGUCUUACUGCGAACCAAGUCUUCCGUCGCAACGGACUAAACGCCUCGACUUUAGUUUCUGCUCCACCCGACGCAGAUGUUAUAGAAGAAGAUCUCGAUGAAAGUAGUCAAUUCGUACAGGUAUUUGUUGGUCCCGAGGUCGACCCAACAAGUGACAGUAAUAUCGAUCCUGAGCGCCGGAAGUAUAAACUACAACUUUUGAAGCACCAUCUCUGGGAUCGUCACUACUUUCGAGACAAAAUUUCCGCGCGUAACUACUUCGAACCAAUCGGAGACAACACGUGGGAGCUGGUACACCCUCGCCUCACCGAUAUUCAACCAGAGGACUUCAGGUGGGCUGCAGAGUUCUUGUCGGACGGCGACUUUGGAAUCAGAGAACCUGAGAAUGAGGAGCAGGUCGCAGAAGCCUUCGCACAGUGCAUGUCCGCCUGGAACACCGCUGAGCUUCUAUCGAUGGAUGACCUAUUGGAGCACAUCAGUGUAAAGAUCAGCGCCGCACGGCCGUGGUGGGACCUCUGGAACGUAAUGGCGUUCGCGUGUUCUAUCUACCAGAGCGAUUUGGCGCUGCAAGCUCACGACGAGUUGAAGGCGUUGUUUUCAGAGUACAUUGCAGACCUCUUCCACAUCUAUCUGGACGACGACUAUCUGAGCAGCACAUUCCUGACCCGUCUGAAGCAGCUCCCGGAGCUCGAGAGGGACAUCUUGACGAAAAGAGUUGCGCGGUUGGAGCAGGUACAGCCGGACGGUGUUGAGACACAGGAAGAAGAGCAUCGAUGAAAGAGAAACAUACGGCUGAAGCACACCUAGCUUGGCCCAUCGAUCACUUAUAUGGCAGCCGCACUCUACGAGUGUUCAGAGAACAGGUAAUAUGCACAGGUCAACCGUAGAAACCGUGGUGGAGAAAGUGGACGUCGUUGGACAAC